GCCUGGCCCUAGUGCCCUUGGGGCCAAACAACUGGAGCCUGCCGCCCAUGGGUCUGGCUGUGGCGGUGGCGGUGGCGGCCACGCCCAUACUGGUGCUUCAGAUGCAACUGAUCCAGUUACUGAAGUCACCGGUGACUGUGGCCGUUCUGGCCGUGUUCCAUGACCUCAUGAUUGUGAGCCUCAGAAGGGCCAAGAUCUUUGGAUCUUUGGAGGUACUGUACUUUGUUCUGAUGGGCGGUGAGACGUUCUCAGAAGCACAAGUGAUAGGCUAUGCGGUGGAUGACUCAGAACUGUAUCGCUGUCCA